AUGCUACGAACCAUGAUUGAGUAUACUAAUAAACUAUGUCUUGCUCCUAUGGUAAGAAGUGGAGAACUACCUAUGAGAUUAUUGGCUUUGAAAUAUGGUGCUGAUCUUGUUUGGUCUCCAGAAUUGGUGGAUAAAAAAGUCAUUCAAUCAAAAAGAAUAGUGAAUCAAGAUUUAAAUACUAUUGAUUAUAUAUCUGAAAAUCAUCAAAAUCCAGAUAAGAAAACAGUUAUUUUAAGAAAACAUCCAGAAGAAUCAGGAAAAUUAAUUUGUCAAUUAGGUUCAAGUGAUCCUGAACUUGCGGUAGAAGCAGCUAAAAAGGUUAUUGAUGAUGUUGAUGGAAUUGAUUUAAAUUGUGGAUGUCCAAAGAAUUUCUCAACUCAUUCAGGUAUGGGAGCUGAAUUAUUGAAAACUCCAGAAAUAUUAUGUUCUAUUUUAACUAAUUUGGUGGAAAAUGUCGGUAAACCAAAGGGAAAACCAAUUAGUUGUAAAAUCAGAUUGUUUAAUAAUUUUGAUAAGAGUAAAGAGUUGAUUGAAAAAAUUUGUCAAACUGGGAUUACAAACUUAACUAUUCAUUGUAGAACUCCAAUAAUGAGAAAUAGACAAGAUCCAGUAUGGAAUUACUUACCAAAAUUGAUUCCAAUAAUUGAAAAAUCAGGUGUUAGUUUGGUACUUAAUGGUAAUUUUCAAAACAAACAAGAUUUGAAAAUUGUACAAAAAGCUUUGGAUAAUGAUAAAUUGAGUAUCAUGUUUGGUGAAGCUGCUGAAGCAAAUCCUUCAGUUUUCAGUGAUGUACCUGUAUUACAAUCGCAAAUCAUUCAAGAAUUGUAUGAUAUAUCAACAAAAUAUUAUCUUUUUCAAGGUACCAAGUAUAUGAUGUUGAAUAUGAUUAGUGGUAAAUCCAAGUAUUUCCAAACAAUUUCAAGAACUAAAAAUUUCGAUCAAAUGGGUGAAAUCAUUAAAUCUAUUAAGGAAGAUAAAGAAGAAAAGGAUAAAUUGUUCUACAUAUUGAAUAGAGAUUGUCAAAAAGCCACUUUCUUGAAGCACGAUGAUUUACCAGCUCAUUUAGAGAAAAGACACAACAUGAUUAAUGAAUUUUUCACUUCAUGGAACGAAUCAACCAUGUUAAACGACUUUGAUGACACACCAACACCAAAAAGACCUACAGAAGCUCAACAACAACAGCAACAGCCAAGCAAACGUCAAAAGAAACAAAAGAAGAAUGACAACAACAACAACAAGAACUCGACCAUCACCAAUGAUAAACCUAUAGAAACCAUUAAAGCUUAA